UCUUCCUUCAACCAUGUCUAAUUCCGGGCUAAAUCCAAGCAUGUGCUAUAAUCUCUCUUUUUUCAAAGAGAUGAUGAAAGAGUACCGCAAAGUCGACGACAAUAUCAUGCUGCGCAUGAACACAACCGACACCCAUUCGGAAGCUGGUUGUGCUGAAUUCUUCAAACAGCUUGCCGACGCAUACCAGAAACGCGAGGAUUCGGUCAAUUAUUGCUUAAAGGUCAUGGACGAGGAGCUAGAGCGCAAGAAUAAAAAGCUAGAGGAAGAUCCAUAUGAUUAUAAUCUGAAGGAUGCUUUGUAUACUGAGGAAUCUAAGCGACGAAUGGUCUCCAAUGAAUUGAUGGUCGAGGAUAUCGUGAGACAACGUUCUCUUCAAGUUUUCCGCUCCAAGUGCCGAAUCUUUAACGUUCCUCAAGACAUUGAGGACUUCUUGAACAAGCGCCGAUAGACGGCUAGACUUUUUGCGGGUCUACCACAUAGAAAAAAGGAGUUCAAAAGGGAAAUUGUAUUCGUUUAUGAACAAAGGAAACAGAAAAUAUGUA